AUGUCGCACGAUGUCGCCAUUACGAAAGCGGUGCUGGUGCUUAUCAAGUGCUUUGGGCAGUUGUAUGGGAUUUUACCACUCUCGUCCAACGCGUUUACGUUCGAACGAUCCCGCCCGGUGCUCUGGUACAGUCGAACGAUCGCGCUGCUGCUGAUGGUGAUCUAUCCUUGCGCCUAUAUCGUACUGCUCACGGAUCACGAAUUUCCGAUCCUUGCGCUCAGCUACUAUAUCAUUAUGCUUCAGUUCACGCUCAACUACAUUAUCGUGGGUGUGCUGUAUCUGCACGUCCUGUUCGAUCCUACGUCACUGUUGCACGUGCUCAAUGAGCUGAUCGAACGGACGCGUGCUCUGCUCCGGCACAUCGACCCACCGGCCGGAGAGUCCCCGGUGGGGCGUCGGCUUUUUUUCAAAACCGUCGCAAUUGAUUUGCUGCAAUCCUUCACGUGGUAUGGAACAUUUCUCUGGCUGCAGCGCAAGUUCGGUGCCACCUACAUACUCGCCUUUUGGUUAAAUUCGAUCGCCGUGAUGCAGAUUGUAGCCGCGCUUAACAUACUCCUAGCGACCCUCCUCUGGGGAGCGUUUCUCUAUCGGCUGAUCAACGAACGGGUACGAACCGUCAUCGGCAGUCUGCUGCAGCUGGAUGACACCGACCGACAGGUCCGAGACAGUGCCACCGGCCGCGAAAGGCGAUUCAUUUGCAAUCACAUCUACUUGCAACUCACCAUUCUGCGCACUCAUCACAGUGCGCUUACCAAGUGUAUUCAAAACAUUGUCGAGUUCUACAACACGCCACUAGCACUAAUAAUGCUGUAUCAAUUUUUGAUUAUUAUUUCUGAGAUAUUCUACGCGUAUACGUCGAUCGUGCAGGACAUCAAAAAUGACGUCGAUGUGCCUCUGGGAACGUACAUGAGCUCUAUACUGUUUGCCGUGUUUGAAGCUAUCCAAUUUUACUACAUCGUAUCAGCCAGUUCUGAAAUUACCGAAGAGGCAGAAAAAACCGGCGUGCUGCUGAACGAGUUUCUACCAACCGAUCCAAACCCAAGAGUGGAACGAUGCAUUGAAUCGUUCGCUAUCGAACUGUUACACGAAGACUUCAAAAUCAAUAACUGUGGCAUGUACGAUGUUGACUACACGUUGAUGUUUUCGAUGAUCGCGACGAUAACUAGCUACCUUAUCAUGUUGGUACAGUUCCAGCUGGCCGAGAUUUGAGGCCGUUGCACCAUUCCCGCGGUUUCGGACAUGUUUCACCGACAAAAGCUUCGUGUGCGUUCUAUUAUUAUGUAGCCAAGUUCUUCUGUUCUGUUUAUUGCGCAGUUGCAAUUCACCAAUUGAGCUAUAAAUUGUGAUGAAAAUCAGAUCGUUAUUUCUAUUGAACGCUCUCGCGCGUAGCAUACCGUACAUAACUGCCAAUAAAACACGAUUUGUCUUACUAAUUGCUGAAGUUCCAACACCGUCGUUGUUCGGUGUAUGAAAACCGAAAAAUACACACACACAAACAUACAAAACAUAUUAUGCGACACACCUUGCUCGACACACCUGCAAUAAUGAUCGAUUAGUAUGCGUGUGCACAAUGUUUCCUAGUUUCCUUCCACUCACAUUCAACGGGGAAAUCCCAAAUCAGUCCAUUGAAGCUGACCCUACAUCUCACUUACUACAUUCAGCGUAACUGAAACGUCCGUCCUCCUAGGACUGUUUCUUCACCCUCUCGAUGUACUUCGUUUGCGUAAGCGCGCUGGAUCCUUCGGACGGGUCCAUCAUGCGCCUCCAGUCCGUGACGCCGACCACGAAUCCUAGCUGACGCAUCUUUUCCUGCGCUUUGCGCUCCUCGACAUCGGCCCAUCGUACGCGUUUCUUCUUCCCGCCGGACUUUGAGAAGCCGUCCUGGCAUUCGUCCUCCUGCUGCUCGUCGGCAUUCCCGUCGUCCAGCUGCAGAUAGUCCUCCAGUGUGGGUGGUCGCUUCAAGGGUUUGCUGGUACCAUCCAGCCUCGCUAAACAAAACAAAGAGCAAAACCAUUCAAAGCAAAACAAAAGCACACAUUAAUGAACUCGUUUACGCAAGGAACUAACGCAACCAAUGCUAAUAUUUCGAGGACAGGAAAAAAAACAA